AUGGCCGGAGAAGAUAUUUUUGAUGCUGUAGAAUACACAAUGAAUGACACGGGUACACUACUCAAGAGUUUGCGUAGUGUUGUUACUGAUGGAGCGCCAGCAAUAUUGUCGGAAGCACAAGGUUUCACUGGGCGAAUGAAAAUAAAAGUACGCGACGCUGGGCUACCUCCGAUAUCAUCGGUUCACUGA